AUGACCAACUUGGUCAUUGAGAGAAUGAUGAUUCUGGGUAAUGCAAAUGGUUUCAUAUAUAAACUCAUGCCCCGAGCUCGUAUUAUUCUUCGUCUACUCACCACCAUCCCACAGCACUCUUGUUUUGCCUCAACUUCAAAACCCGGCAGUCAUGCCAAAGACGUAGACCUUUUUUCACUGAACAGAAGGAUCUCCCAUUUGAUCCGAACUGGUCAGAUAGAGCAAGCCAGGGAAGCCUUUGACGAGAUGAAGCAACGGAAUAUCGUAACUUGGAAUUCAAUGAUAACCGGGUAUGUGAAACGCCGAGAGAUGGCCAAGGCCCGGAAGCUGUUCGAUGAAAUGCCUGAGAGAGAUGUUGUGUCCUGGAAUUUGAUGAUGUCCGGGUACGUUUCGUGCCGCGGAAGUCGUCGGUAUGUUGAGGAGGGGAGGAGUUUGUUUGAUCAGAUGCCGGUGAGAGACUGUGUUUCUUGGAACACAAUGAUCAGUGGGUAUGCCAAGAAUGGGAGGAUGGGGGAGGCAUUGCGGCUUUUCGAUGCCAUGCCGCAGAGGAGUGUUGUUUCUUGGAAUGCAAUGGUUACCGGUUUCUUACAGAAUGGUGAUGUUGCGCGUGCGAUUGAGUUUUUUGAGAGAAUGCCGCAGAGGGAUGGGGCUUCUCUUAGCGCACUCGUGUCGGGGCUUAUUCAGAAUGGUGAGCUGGAUGAAGCUGCGAGGAUUGUUGGCGAAUGUGGGAAGAGGGAUGAGGAGGGGGUGGAAGAUUUGGUGGAUGCUUAUAAUACGUUGGUUGCUGGUUAUGGUCAGAGAGGAAGGGUUGAAGAGGCUCGGCGCCUUUUUGAUCAAAUACCAUUUCGUCGUGAGAAGGGGAAUGAGGACAGUGGGAGGUUUGAGAGGAAUGUUGUAUCGUGGAAUUCUAUGAUUAUGUGCUAUGUGAAAACAGGAAAUAUUGUUUCUGCUAGAGAACUUUUUGACCAAAUGAUAGAACGAGAUACCUUUUCGUGGAAUACCAUGAUCAGCGGCUAUGUUCAUAUGUCAGAUAUGGAAGAGGCUGCCAAUCUCUUUCGUAGAAUGCCAAAUCCUGAUACACUGUCAUGGAAUGCAAUGAUCUUAGGGUAUGCCCAGGUAGGGCGUUUAAAACUGGCUCAUGAUUUUUUCGAGAGGAUGCCACACAAGAGUCUAGUCUCUUGGAACUCCAUGAUAGCAGGGUAUGAGAAAAAUGAGGACUUUAUGGGUGGAGUGAAGUUUUUCUCUCAGAUGCAACUAGAAGGAGAGAAACCUGAUAGACACACUUUAUCAUCAGUUCUUAGUGUGAGUACUGGGUUAGUGGAUCUGCAUCUAGGCAUGCAGAUUCAUCAGCUGGUCACGAAGACAGUUAUUGCAGAUUUGCCAAUAAACAACUCUCUUAUAACUAUGUAUUCACGAUGUGGUGCUAUCAAAGAGGCAGAAACAAUUUUUGAUGAGAUGAAACAGCAGAAAGAUGUGAUCUCCUGGAAUGCAAUGAUUGGGGGCUAUGCAUCUCAUGGUUUUGCUGCAGAGGCUUUAGGACUUUUUUGUUUCAUGAAGAGGUCAAGGGUGCAACCUACAUAUAUAACAUUUAUUGCAGUUUUAAAUGCAUGUGCUCAUGCAGGAUUAGUUGAAGAAGGCCGGAGUCAAUUUAAAUCCAUGAUUAGUGAAUUUGGCAUUGAGCCACGUAUCGAACACUAUGCCUCCCUUGUGGACAUCAUUGGUCGGCAUGGGCAGCUUGAGGAGGCUCACGAUUUGAUCAAUAGUAUGCCAUUUGAACCUGAUAAGGCUGUGUGGGGAGCAUUAUUAGGUGCUUGUAGAGUGCAUAACAAUGUAGAGUUGGCAAAAGUUGCAGCUGAAGCAUUAACAAGACUUGAACCUGAAAGCUCAGGUCCGUAUGUAUUGUUGUACAAUAUGUAUGCUGAUGCCGGACUAUGGGAUGAAGCAGCAGCUGUGAGAUCGCUGAUGGAUGAAAACAAGAUAACAAAGCAUGCUGCCUAUAGUAGGGUAAAUUCUUCGCAUUGCUGAGGUUAUCAAACCUUUCACUCACUGGACAAAAAUUGCGCAAUAUUCCGCAGAGGGAUUGGAGGUUGAAUUUUCAGUAUUCCAAGUCCUUCCUCACUUGCCAACUCCUUCCUCACUUGCCAACUCCAUUGAGAACCUUUACUGUUCACAGUUUGUUCAGUUGCCGUUGGUUGAUAGAUUAACUUCACUUCCCUUAGGCUGCAGAAUCGACCAUGACAAUACAUCAGCCUGGAGAAAAUAUGACUCAAGUAAGGAUCUCUAUCAUGAGUAGUAGUAAUUGUUCCAGCAUUUUGGUUUAUUAAUUAUCACAUACGUUGAAUAAACUCAGAGAUAGGUACUAAGAGGAUGUCUCUUUUUUUUUUCUUUUUUUCUUUUUGAACAUCAUGAUAUUAAGAGGUUUAACUGGUAGUUACUGCAAGUCUGCAAGGGUGCUCUUUAAGCAGUUUGGCUGCUCAGAAAGGUUUAUCAGAACUUGCACCAUUGCUUAAAGUGGUUAUGUUUGCACCAGCUGAAAAAUGUUGAGCUCCUGCUACUCUGGAAUUGUAUUACAUCCUUGCUCACCAGGUUUGAUAGGUUCAAAUACGUUAUUUUUCACCAUCAAGAUGUAUCAUCAGCAUUCAGAACCAUUUAGAAAGGUCUUUAGGUCAGGCUGACUGGUAAUCGUAAAUUUUGAAGUCCACUAUGAGUUUAUGACAUCUGAGAAUUCCCUAUGUGGGUAAAAGAACAAAUUAGCACUGUGGGAUAAUUAAAAAAAAAAAAAAAUUCAUGACUCAUAAAUCAUCAAUUAAAUUCUUCAAAGAGGGUUUCCUCUGUGAAGUCCUGUGUGUUUAUGUAUAUGUAAUUAUUUAUGAUAUCUUCCCUUUACCACACAAGUCUUUCCAAGUCUAUUUACCUGUACAAAUUUUCCAUAAUGAGACUCCAAAAGUGCAUGGAGUUAUCGCAUCUUUUUCCUAAAUGUACAAUUGUAUGGAGAAGUCCCGUUCACUUGUCACUUUUCAGUUAUAUCUUCCAUCUUCCAUUUCUAUUUCCUGACAACUGCAAUCGUAUAAUUUUUUGUUGAUACAGAAAGAUUUUGAUAAGUAUUGUGUCAUGGAACAAUUAGAGAAAAGAUUUUUAAGCCAUGGAUGGAGUCUAUACAACCAGAGAUUGGAAGUUUGAGAAGGAUAUGAGUGCAACAGACCUUUUGAUUAAUGAGGAAGCGGGAAAUAUUUUUGAAGUAGUUUACGGCAAAGAAAUGUAUGGUGUUGAUGAAGCUGUCUUAGCUGUUAGAUUUCAUUGCAUACUAUACUGGAUUGUUAUCAGCUCAUUCAAUGUUGAAACAUUUAAGGGAGCUGCAAGCAGCUCGACAUCCAACUUUUGUAGCUGAAAAAGAGUGUAAAUUCCACAGAAAUAAGCCUUCUUUAGAAGCUUAAUCUAGACUGAACAGGACCUGUAAACUGGCAUUGUGAAAAUUACCAUGAUUAUCAGUGUGUUUUCGA